AAGAAUGAAAGGCAGCGGCUGGGAAAAAAAAGAAAGAACUUGCCUCAAUUGUCCAAGCCUAACGUCAUGGAAAGACUAGUUAGUACUUUGUUGCCUAGCGCAUAGACAUACAUCCUGGGAUACAUUUCUCCAUUGUGUCUUGGUGAUCAAUAGUGGGAUUGAUAUCACUUUGAUGGCCAACUCCGCUGGUUUUACCCGAAGGCAGGACUGAAGAUGCGCGAGAAGAACCUGUUUACAAAGAAAACAGAGCGAGUUUCUAUCCAAGGGAAUGUAGAGUCAGCCAGCUCAAAAUGCAAAGGGAUACCAUUACCCACCCGGUCGCCCUCAUCCCGAACGGGCCGACUUGUCUUGGAAACAUUUCUACCGUGGAUCUCUUCUAAUGAACGGAUGCUAUUCGACUGUCGGGUGAUUUAAUUACGCAACUCUGCAAUACUUUGUUUUGGUUGUUUUUUUGAAGGAUUACUUCCAGAGGCGCAACUUUUUUUUUGUUUUUAUGAACCUGUUUAGUCAUGCACAAUGAGCUCACAACCCAUUAUGUUAUUACCCAUGCAUUGUUAAGUAUGCAUUACGUUUUUUAACAUUUAAAACUUUUAACCAUAAUAAACAAACGUCAUAUACGAAGUACUGUAUCAAAGGGGUUAAGAUGACAACCGUAUUCGUCACGGUUUUUAUAUUUGUUACCAUGUAGGCAUUUUCUUCUGACUUAUGAGCAGUGUCUUUCAAAGUUUUGUUUAACUUUAAUAUUAACAGGCUGUGUUUAAAUUCAGCUUCCCAAGCCAUCUCAAACAGUGUUAUAUGGUUGAAACGAGAUAUGAGAUCAGUGCAAAUGGGAUAGGUGUUUGUAACCAACAAUGCGUUAAACGGUAGACAGACACGCAUGAACUAUGUGCUGAUAUCAUUUCAUGAUUCUGGAGAAAGCUGUGCUGAACCCAAACAUGUCUGUAAAAGCCAAAGCCAUUUACACGUUCCAAAGUGAAAACAAGGAGGAGAUCAGCAUACAGGAGAACGAGGAGCUCGUCAUCUUCGAAGAGAACUCUGUCGACGGCUGGCUGCAGGGGGUCAACAGCCGUGGUGAAAAGGGGCUCUUCCCGGCCUCCUACGUGGAGAUCCUCCGACAGCGAUCCAACUCCAACCUGACGGACAGCUCCGUCAGCCCCGCUGGCUCCCUUGGCAACGAUUCACCUCACCUCCCCUCCACGCCGAUCACCCCCACCUCUUUCCUGCCCCAGCAGGGUUACUACGACGACGACGACGAUGACUGGGACGACUGGGACGACAGUUCCACGGUGGUGGAGGACGACGACCCUAGCCACCGCCGGAGCGGCGGCGGCGGCGGCGGCGGCGGCGGGCCCAACGGACACGCGCACCACAUCCCCAACUCCAACAACCCCAACGUGCACUACCGCGCCAAGCCCCGCAUGGAGAGGCAGGACAGCAUCUCCAGCUCGCGGAAGGGCAGCAUGGUGGGCAGGAACCUGAACCGCUUCUCCAGCUUCGUGCGCUCGGGCGUGGAGGCCUUCGUGCUGGGCGACGUGCCCAUGAUGGCCAAGAUCGCAGAGUCGUACACCAUCGAGAUCGGCCCCAAGGGGCCCCAGUGGAAGGAGAGCCCCCAGCCCUUCUCCUGCUCCGUCGAGGACCCCACCAAACAGACUAAGUUCAAGGGCAUCAAGACCUACAUCUCGUACCGGGUGACGCCCAGCCACACCGACGGGGCCGUGUACCGGCGCUACAAACACUUUGACUGGCUGUACAACCGGCUGCUGCACAAGUUCACCGUGAUCUCGGUGCCCCACCUGCCCGAGAAGCAGGCCACGGGCCGCUUCGAGGAGGACUUCAUCGACAAGCGCAAGCGGCGCCUCAUCCUGUGGAUGAACCACAUGACCAGCCACCCGGUGCUGUCGCAGUACGAGGGCUUCGAGCACUUCCUCAUGUGCGCCGACGACAAGCAGUGGAAGCUGGGCAAGCGGCGGGCGGAGAAGGACGAGAUGGUGGGCGCCCACUUCAUGCUCACCUUCCAGAUCCCCAACGAGCACCAGGACCUGCAGGACGUGGAGGAGCGCGUGGACUCCUUCAAGACCUUCACCAAGAAGAUGGACGACAGCGUCAUGCAGCUGACCCACGGCGCCUCCGAGAUGGUGCGGAGGCACCUGGGAGAGUUCCGGAAGGAGUUCCACCGGCUCGGCGGAGCCUUCCAGGCGCUGUCGCAGGCGUUCAUGCUGGAGCCGCCGCACAGCUCGGAGCCGCUGAACAACGCCAUCUCGCACACGGGACGCACGUACGAGAACCUCGGCGAGAUGUUCGCGGAGCAACCCAAGUUCGACCUCUUCCUGAUGCUGGACAAGCUUUCGCUGUACCAGGGGCUGCUGGCCAACUUCCCUGACAUAAUCCAUCUACAGAAAGGAGCCUUCGCCAAGGUCAAGGAGAGCCAGAAGAUGAGCGACGAGGGCAAGAUGGAGCAGGACGAGGCCGACGGCAUCAGGAAGCGCUGCCGCACGGUGGGCUUCGCCCUGCAGGCCGAGAUGACCCACUUCCACCAGCGCCGCGAGGUGGACUUCAAGGACAUGAUGCAGGCCUACCUCAAGGAGCAGAUCGCCUUCCACCAGCGCGUGGUGCAGCAACUGGAGCGCACGCUGCGUAUGUACGACAGCCUGUGAGGAUCCAAGAUGGCCGUCCUCCCUUGAUGCCAAAAAAUUAACUACAACUGAAAAACGUCGCAAAGAGGGAAAGCACGAAGAUGUGAACCUUUGGCUUAGAUUUUUUUUGAUUUUUCUUACGGAGAAAUCUGGAUGUUUUUAUGGAUACGAAGAGGACUAUUUUAUUUUGUGCUUUGUUUAUUUUUACCGAACAGUGGACUUUAAUGAACAGUCGUUGUUGAAGAGCCUUGGGAAGUCGCGUGUGAGAGGGUUCUCCGCGGAGCCGUCGGGUUUGGAACAGAUCGGGUUAUGAAGAGUCUUACUGUGUUCUGCCGGCAGUAGAUAGGCGCUGUUGCUCUGGCUAACCCGUACGUCUCGUUUCGUAUUAAUAUGACACUUUAGACGAGGUGGUGGUAAUGGAUCAAAAUUAAUAAAAAUAGGUUUUCAAUUGUUCGUGGAAUUUAGUCCUCCUCGACUGCUUUUAUUGUGCGACGAUUCAAAGCCAUAAGAUGGAGCGGGAGCCUGAAAUGCUCCGCUAAUUCCGCAACACCGUGCACUUUUUUUUAUUUUUUUACGACGGUUUGAUGUCAAAUCCUUUAACAAUAAGCAAGUCACAUGUCUUAACGUUAUUUUGAGUCUUCCAUUUUAGAUCGGAUUGCAGCCACAAAUGGCCGACCGAGUCAAAAGGUGGACGGCGAUAAGAUCGAGGGGGGGGGGG